AUGGCCGCCAAGCAACGUUCAGCCGCAGGUUUUGACCCAGUUGUAGGCAGUACAUUAAUGUACACGGGUGCUGUACUGGGAUAUGGCUUUGGGUUUUUCAUCAGUGGAAUCCACGAUCUUGAAGUUCCAUUCCUGGGGAUGCCUUUUAUCGACAACUACCGAGAAACUUACGACCCUAUCAACGACACCGGAGUCGGCUUCUCUUUGUUUUCCCUGUUCUUUUGUGGACACUUUGCCAAACGAAUCCUGGAAGUAUUGUUUGUACACAGAUAUAACCAUAUUAUGCCCGCUCUGGAGCUUUUAGGCGGAGUUAUAUACUACACCGUAUUUUCGAUAGGCAUCGCAGCCUCGCUUCGUGUCUACAUCAGUGAUCAAAACGUAGAUUUUAAGUUACUUUCACUGGGCGCGUGUAUUUUUAUUGUUGGUGAAAUCGGCAACGGAGUCUCCCACUAUCAGCUGCGUCUCCUCAGAGACCCCAGGCUUCAACGUAAAGACGACGAUACGAAUGCGAGAAACAGACCUAUACCAGUUGGAUGGAUUUUCGAAUACGUUUCCUGUCCUCAUUAUUUCUUCGAGAUCGUAUCAUGGCUUGGUUUCUUCGUGGCUGUUGGCACUAUACCGGUGUUGGUAUUUUUAAUUGCCACUACUGUCAUUGUUAGUUCGAAGGCGCUGAAAUACCACGGUGAAUACAAGGAGUUCUUCAACGGAACAAUGGGACGAAAGAUGUAUCCACCAAAGAGAAAGGCCAUCAUACCAUUUAUAUUGUAA